GCAAGUAACUAACGUCAUUUCAAUAGUAUAUUACCAGCUGCAACAUUUAGUCGUUUUAUUUAUAUAAUUUGUUAUUUUUGUCCAUUAGACCUAUAUAAGGAAAAUGAUAACUAAAGUUAUAGGAAUCUCUACUACUUUGGGAAUGCGAAAUUUGGCUAUACGUAAUUUGGCAAGGAUAUCUAGUAACUUAUACCACCUUAAUAUAACGCAGCGAGAAGUUCUUCAAUCUUCUAUCAAAACAUACCCGGUAUCCAAAAAUUUUCACAUCGUAAAGUUUAGCACGGAAAACUCACACCGAAAACCAAUACCAUCUGUACAGUAUAAUGAUAUUAAGGAGUUACCGAAUCAUCCUGAAAAAUUAUUAAUUGACGUACGAGAGUUACAAGAACUUGAAGAAACAGGAAAAAUUCCAACAAGUAUAAAUAUUCCGUUAGACUCCGUGGUGCAGGUGUUGGCAGAAGACGUUAGACCUCAAAUGUUCCUGUCCAAAUAUGGUCGUCGAAAGCCAACUUUUGAUGAUGAAAUAAUUUUUACAUGUAGGCUUGGAAGACGUGCCUUAAAAGCUGCAGAAAUUGCAAAUGCCAUGGGAUUUAAAAAUGUAAAGUUUUAUGAAGGAUCAUGGGAGGAUUGGGUCAAAAAUGAACAAAAAAAUUAGAAUUACAAGAUUGUUUUAAUGAAUUGCUUGGCGCUUCUAAUUGACCAAAAAUGUUCUUUUCUGCAUAGCCAGAAUGAACCGGUCUGGGUCUGUCGCUUCCGUUGCUAUGCUGUAAAAAUUACAAUAGUCUACUUUUGUUUAAUACAAAUUUUUGCCUAAAUUAUACGAUAUUAUCUGUUAAAUAUUUCAACAAAAUAAUGUACUUAUGUAUAUUUACUAACGGCUCUCUUUCGUUACAUAACGUAUGAAAAGCUUGACUAUGGAUUUAGAUAAAGACUCCUUAAGUGCUGAACACAGUUUGUGUAACAAAUGAAGUGCAAGCUUAUGAAACUGGUAUAUAUAAGAAUUUUGCAUUUAAAUGAACAAUCUUUGCAUUUACCUCUAAGAAAGUUUUAAAACUAUUAUAAAUUAUGCACAUUUUUAUUAUGAAAUAAAUAGCAUUGCUUUGCUUUCAAAUAA